CACAAAAAUGUCUCCGUUCUUUGCCGCCAUCAUUUUGCAUGGCCUCUGCCUUGCCAACGGCAUCAACUUCACAACCAUCUACGAGUGGGACAAAUUCGAUUUCAUCUGGCCACCAGCAUCGGAUAGUUCAAUGGGACCGAUUAAAGACGAAUACAGGCCGGAGAAUGUUUUUCCUCUAUUCAUGGCAGUUUUUGAGGAAAGGCUGUUGCUAAGCCUAGGCAUGGAUUCGGGAAUUCCCGCCACAUUGGUGUGGCUGCCAACGAGGGACAGCGACACGUCCUCUUCACCUCCAAAGCUUGCUCCUUUCCUAUACUGGAAAUAUCAUAAAAAAGGCAACUGCAACACUAUUCAGGUGGCGAAAGGAAUGAAAACGGACACUGAUGGUCGGUUGUGGGUGCUCGAUAACGGUAGCAGCGUUUGUCAGGCCAAACUUUUGAUAUUCGACCUGGUAAACAACUACAAAACCGAGCACGCCCACCGAUUCCCGCACAAAGUCGUCUCUCAUUCACAUAAUGAAAGGUGGCUCCUGGAUAUCGUGCUCGAAAAAACGACAGACGAUUACCUUGCGUACAUCGUGGACUCUGAAUCUGAACACAUCGUGGUUUACAGCCGAGAAACCGACAAAUCCUGGUCGGUUGAAACGACAGGGAAACGUUGGGUUACUUUGGCGCUCUCUCCUAACAGGGAAGCGAGACAGUUGUACCUUGCAAGAUUAUAUUCCAAUGAACUGUAUUCAGUGUCUGUAUCCGAGCUGAAGAAUGGAGGCGGUAGCGCUGCUGUGAAAUUAAUCGGCAAAUGGACUGAGAAACCUUACAGAAUGGUGAUCGACAGUUCCAAUGUCUUGUAUGCCGCCUUUUUCAACCAGACUUACCUCUCUAAAUGGAAUAUUUCGGAGCCCUUUCGUGAGCAGCAAUGUCACGAGGUCGGAAGACUGGAUACUAAUUGGCCAUUUACUUUUGCUUUGGACGCGAGCAACACUUUAUGGAUGACGGAGAGAAAUCAAUCUGGGGCUGGGAAUAGAUUUAAACUGCUCAAGGCUGAUGUGGUGGCAAGAUCGUAUUUAAUUAGCUCGUCCACAGAGUCCAUUCCUGAUCCUGUCGUUGCCUCGACUACGCCUCAAGUUAACGUGAAUGGGAAGGCUACUGAAGUUGUGAGAAGCUCGCAAACGCCGACGACAAGCAAGACUGGAACUCCCCGACCGGCUCUGCAAUUAAACGAAACGAGCGGUGCACCCUACGAGAAAAAUCACGUGUUGACACGAGUUUUCGACGAUGGAAAUCACAACCACCACCUUCCCUGCAAGGGUGAGAGAGCGAGAGCCAGGUCGGAACCCCCUCUCAAGUGCGAACCGAGCUCUUCGACGAGCUAG